AUGAUAAAGGAUAUCAUUGUAUUUGUAUUUGUAGUAUUAUUAUUUAUUGUUGUAGAUUAUACAACUUUAGCACUAUCUAAAUCUUCAACAACAACAACCAUUGAAUAUUAUUUUAAACAAGAUGAUAUUAGUAGUGGAAGUAGUAGUAGUAGUAGUGGAGAGAGUUCAAAAGAAUGGUAUUCUCUAACUUCCCAAUAUCAAGUUGUAAAGGGUAAAAAUGUUCAAGGUUCAAUUGCUUGGGGAUAUUUUAAAGAUGAUAUGUUAAUUGAUGGAUGGGGUAAAUUAUCAAUUGAAACAUCAUCGAUUUUAAAUGAUGAUGUUGCAUUCAAGGCAGCUGGUUAUUUGGAAGGUUAUCUGACAUGGCCACACAUUUACAACUUUUCAGUCAAUUUGUUCAACACCAACUUUAACACUACCAAUCCAAAGGAAUUCCCAAUCGAGGUGAUGAACUUUAUCUCUCAAAACUACAACUAUAUGACUCAACUAGUCAAUAGCACAACUUCACAAAAUGAUCCAUACUAUCAACAAGUAUCAAAUGCAAUCGAUCAAAUUCAAGGUCUUUAUCAAGGUUAUAAUGAUGCUGCCGAUUCUGAUCAUCAAUUAACAUUUUGGGAAAUGUAUUUAAUUUCAUUGUAUGUUGAAAUUGGUGAUAUCAUGUCUGCUGUAAUGCCAUCAUCAUCACAUGAAUUUAAACCAAUGUCUAGAGAAGAAGCAGAGACUGUUUUGGCAAAGACCGAUCAUUGCACUGGAUUUAUGAAACUGGCAUCCAACGGUUCAGAACUUUACAUCGGUCAUACUACAUGGGCAGAUUACACCUACAUGAUUAGAAUUUAUAAAAGAUUAAAGAUUCCAGUUGCUUCUACUCCAAAUGGUUAUGAAACAUUAAUGGCAAGUUAUCCAGGAUUAUUAGUAUCAACUGAUGAUUUCUAUAUGAUUAGACCAUCAAAAUUAAUGGUAACGGAAACUUUAAAUACAUUGUUGAAUCAAACAUUGUAUUCUUUGAUUACUCCGGAUUCGCUGAUGUAUUGGGUACGUAAUCUAGUGGCUAAUAGAUUGUCGAAUAGUGGGUAUGACUGGGUCACCUACUUUGUCAAACACAACUCGGGCACCAAUAACAACCAGUACUCUAUCGUCGACUACAAGUUAUUCACUCCCUAUGUCACUUUACCUGCCGAUACAUUGUGGGUCGUCGAACAGUACCCAGGCGGAUACCAAGCUGCAGACCUCACAUUCAACCUUUUAGAGAAUGGGUAUUGGGCCAGUUACAAUCGACCUUAUUUCCAAGAGGUGUUUGAUUUAAUGGGAUACCCAUACUAUGUAAAUCAAUACGGCGACCUCUUUACCUACGAGUAUAAUCCACGUGCCAAUAUACUACGUCGUGACCAAUCUAAAGUCGAUUCUCUCGAUGAUAUGAUGAAUGUCAUCUCUUAUAAUGAGUAUCUGACCGACCCGUUGUCAACAGGGUCUGCUGGUGGUGCUAUUGCCGCGAGAUAUGAUCUCAAGGGUGGACCUGACCAUCCAUACUCUUGGUUCUACCACGGUACACACGGUGGUAUCGACGGCAAGGUGAUGAACAGUGCUAUGUUUGACUCUUACACUGUGCUAGCUCGUAACGGUCCGACUGUAACUGACGAAUGUCCACCCUUCACAUGGGCAGAUUGGCAAGACAACUCUCAUGCUGGUAUGCCCGAUGAAUUUAAUUUCCCUUGGAUUUUGAUUCAAAUUUAA